GCCUCUACACUCAGAAAAUUACGUCGCCAGAGUCCGGUCACCUGUGGGGAGGAAGCGAAGGAAAAUGGUGUUCUUCUGCUGCUUGGUGGAUCAGAAGAAGACGGUCGGGAGGACCAAGCCGGCCGCCGGAAUCUGCUCGAGAUGCGGAGCAGGAGCGCGAGUGGCGGACAUGAAAACGUCCACCCGAUUCUGCACCAUUCCCUUCUACUGGAGCACUUGCAAGGCCAUUGUCUGCUCUUUCUGCGGAGCCGUCCUCAAAUCCUACGCUUGACGUCCGGCAGAUCGAUCGAACCAUCUCUUCGAUGAGCUUUCGGAGGAGAGUUUUGCUAGUGGCCGAUCGUGUUUGUAUAUAUACAAACUAAUCUUAGUUUCUAGAGGUCAAUAGAAAUUUGUUGCGUAAAAAAUAACUGUGCCAGACUUGUGUUUCUGAGAUUUUUGUUCUUCUUUCGUUCUCAAGCUUAGUUUUUCUGAGUAUAGUUCUUCAGUGUGUUGUUCGCAAGAACUACCGAACACUUUUUCGGUUUUUGUUCUUGUCUCUGUGAUAUUGUUACCGGUUAAGUGAUAACAGAAACGACCGGCCAUUUUUAAACGUUUUUUGUUUGUUUGUCUAUUCUUAUCAUUUUGGACGCGCCCACAUGGCUGUGUAAGUUGGGGGUCACACUGUGUUUUAGAGAGAAGAACCAAGUUGCAGAAAAAAAAUUAUAUCUUAAUAAACUUUUCUCAAUGCGAGCA